AUGGACGGCAAGAAAACUGCCAAAUUUUCCUGGCUACCCACGACUCGACGGUCAAAACUCUUAUGGAUCAUCGUCGGUUUUAUUGUCAUUCUCGCAGUCGCAUUAGGCGUCGGAUUAGGGGUCGGUCUCAAAGGGCACCACAAUCCCAACCCAGCAGGAAGACGAAACCCGGCGGCAUUUUGCUCGAACGCCGCCGGAUCUUACAAAGUCGAUAACAUCACCGCUCCUUCGAAAUUCAAUGUUGGUAGCAAUACAAAUAUCAACACAGUACCAUCAUGGCCUACGAACACAAAUAUAACGGCAUGGAAUCUGACGGUCGAUGACUCGCAAUCUGGCUACAAACAAAUCGUCGCCGGGUUCGGCGCUACGGUCACAGAUGCGACCGUCUCUUCACUCAGCUCUCAAUCCAACGAAACACAAAAAGCAAUUCUGCAGCAAUUAGUGACUGGCGACGGCGCGAAUUUUACGCUAAUCCGGCAUACGAUUGGAUCAAGUGAUUUGUCAACUGAGGCAUAUACAUAUGACGACAACAAUGGAACGACGGAUACCGAUUUAUCGAAUUUCGCUCUAGGAAAUCAAGGAACAGCGAUGGCGCAGUUGUUGGCGCAAAUGAAACAAAUGAAUGGCAACAUCACUAUCCUCGGGUCGCCGUGGAGUCCGCCGGGAUGGAUGAAAAUCAAUGGACAACUCAUAGGUAAUACAACUGAUAAUAACCUCGACGAUGGAUACGGUACCAGCAAAGGUCUGGGGAGCACCGGCCACAGUCGUGCGUUUGCGCAGUACUUUGUCAAGUAUAUUCAGGCAUAUGCCGAUCUUGGUGUGAACGUCGAUGCAAUCACCAUCCAGAAUGAGCCGUUGAAUAGCCAGGCAGGGUAUCCGACCAUGUAUGUUGAGGCUGAUGAGUCCGGAAAGCUGAUCAAUGGGUAUGUUGGGCCGGCACUACAAAAGGCGAAUUUAAGUACGACCGUGUGGGCUCUGGAUGACAAUACAGACGACGCCGACUAUGCCUCUACUGUCAUUGGGUAUGCAGCACAAUACGUCGACGCAGUAGCCUGGCACUGCUACGCAUCGACUCUGAACUGGACCGUCUUGACAGAAUUCCACAACCAGUACCCUAACAUCAGCCAAUACAUGACCGAAUGCUGGACACCUACCAAUCUCAGCUGGACGCACGUUGUGAAUUUCACCAUGGGUCCGCUCCAGAACUGGGCAAAUGGCGUGACGGCGUGGACGUUAGGGACAAACGACGAUGCCGGCCCUCAUCUCGAGUCGGGCGGUUGUUCGUCGUGCGAUGGAAUAGUGAGCGUGAAUAGUACCGUCAGCGCAGAUAGCAGCAGCAGCAACACCACAGACUACACGUUCAACCUGUCGUACUAUAUCAUGUCACAAUUCAGCAAAUUCAUCCCGCCCGGCGCACGCAUCCUUCAGACCGACGGGAGCGCAGUUGACGACAACGGCGACGGUAUUCAGGCAAUCGCAAGUCUGAAUCCGGAUGGAUCGAGGACGGUGGUAAUUGAAAACACUUUUGCGAAUGAUGUUAAUGUUACGGUGUAUUUGGAGAGUGGUGUGGGUUGGGUUGGGAAUGUGCCGAACUCGAGUGUGACGACAACUCCUACGCCAACUGCAAUCCCUACAAACCCUCUAGCUCGACGCGACUCAUCUACCUCAACUACAUCCACCCGCACAGAAUUCUCCCUCAGCCUCUCCCUAGACUUACCUACCGAUACAUGCACUCCCACCAUCGCACCCGACAAAAAUGGCUACGUCCCUCCAACAGAAUGUAAUGCCAUGUACAACUACUACCCAUCCUUUAGCGCCGCACUCGCUUUCACUGUGAUCUUCGGAAUGCUUCUGCUAGCUCACUCCGUGCAAAUGUUUAUGUACAAGACCGGCUUCGUUUGGGUUAUCAUCAUGGGUGUUGCGUGGGAGUUUGUUGGUUAUUUGACGCGCACAUUCAGCACCAGGAACCAGCAGAGUGAGGGACUGGCGACUAUUACGCAGAUUCUGAUUUUGCUCGCGCCUUUGUGGGUCAACGCAUUCGAUUACAUGGUCCUCGCACGAAUGAUAUACUUCUUUGUCCCCGAAAAACGCAUCUGGCCCUUCAAACCCUCCCAUCUAGCAAUCAUCUUUGUCUGUCUCGAUUUCGGCUCGUUCAUCGUCCAGGCUGCCGGUGGUACAAUGGCGACUCCCGGAGCGAGUGCGUCAACAAUAAAGACCGGUCUGGAUAUUUAUAUGGGCGGUAUCGGUGUUCAGCAGUUUUUCAUCUGCUGCUUUUUGGUGUUGACGGUGCAAUUUCAUCGUCAGAUGCUUCGGCUGGAGAGACUCGGUGCGCUGCAGGGCGAUAAGACGAGGUGGAGGGGUUUGUUGUAUAGUUUGUAUUUCAGUUUGAUUGCUAUCACUGUGCGGAUUGUUUAUCGGUUGAUUGAGUACACUUCCGGUGUUGGACUCAACAAUCCCAUCACGACGCACGAAUGGUUCAUGUAUGUUUUUGAUGCGUUCCCCAUGUUGUUGGCUGCUGGUGUUUGGUGUGUCAUGCACCCAGGCCGCAUUUUGACGGGGCCAGAUGCAAAGUUGCCUUCUAGUGGUCUGGGACGGAUUUUGUGCUGCGGUUAUUGCUGCUGCCGAUGCUGUGGAGGCGGUCGUAAGAAGAAGGUUGCGACGGUGGACAGUGAGCGUUCGUCGCAGGAGGAGCUGAGGCCGGUCGAGCGGGACUCUUAUGCGAGCUCAUCACCGAUGUGGAGGGACGAUAGGACUGGUUCGUASGAGCCGUAUCGAUCUCAGAUGGUGUGA